UCCCUCCCUAGAAAACCUAACUAAUCUAUCCUUCGUUCCUCCCAUUUUCCUCCUAUUUCCCAUACAAAUCCUCCAGUUUCCUGCAUUUCCUGCUCUAUCCUGCUUCUUUCUGUCCAUCUUAUCUGGAUUUCUGGUCAUCAAUCUCGUCUUCUUCUUCUUUUUUUGAAUUUUGAAAUUUGAAUUUUCUUGGAAGCUCUUCGAUCUGGUUUCUAUUCGAAAUGUCCACGAUGGCAGCGAACAUAGGGAUGAUGGACGGCGCGUAUUUCGUUGGGCGUAAUGAGAUUCUGGCAUGGAUCAAUGCCACCCUUCAGCUCAAUCUCAACAGAAUCGAAGAGGCUGCAUCCGGUGCCAUUCAGUGUCAAAUGAUGGAUAUGAGCCAUCCAGGAGUCGUUCCAAUGCACAAGGUGAAUUUUGAAGCCAAGACAGAGUAUGAUAUGAUCCAAAAUUACAAACUUCUGCAAGAAGUAUUCAACAAGUUAAAGAUAGAAAAGCAUAUUGAAGUCAACAAGCUUGUUAAAGGACGACCAUUGGACAACCUGGAGUUCCUGCAGUGGCUAAAGCGUUAUUGUGAUUCUGUAAAUGGCAGGAUUAUGAAUGAGAAUUAUAACCCAGUUGAGAGAAGAUGCAAGGGGGUGAAGGAGCGGAAUCCCAAGGUUUCUAGUAAAGGAUCAAAAUCAUUGCAAGUGAACAACUUACUCAAUUUUGGUUCUGUGGAUGGAGCUGGGUUUAAUACUUCUGGUCCCAAUCAAGAGAGAGCUUGUGCAGCAUCAGUUGGGGCAAAUUCUGCCAGUCAGAUUCGGGCAUUGACUGAGCGGAUUUCAGUGCUUGAGGUUUCAGCAGGCCAGUUGGAGAAAGAAAGAGACUUCUACUUUGCAAAGUUACGGGACAUUGAAAUCCUUUGCCAAUCGCCUGAGUUGGAGCAGCUACCAGUGGCAGAUGCAAUUCGGAAGAUUCUAUACGCUGCUGCAGAAGAGUCUGUUCUUGCAGAAGCUUGAGAACUUGUAAGCAGAUCAGCUAGUGUAAACUAUAAGGUGACUCAGGGAGAAUGAAAUGCUCUACUCAUUUGUUGUCGCAGGAGAAAAGGCCGCCACAUGCAUCCAGUCAAUAGCCCAUGAAAUGGACAGUCAAGAUAACUUAUUAAAAAGUGGGGCUUAUUAAGGAUCA